GGGCGGCUCGUUCACCCUCAGCCUGAGCUGCUCUCCAUCUCUUCAGGAAGACAGCGGAGUGGUUUCGUUUCUGCUCUGCUGAGGAGAAUCGAAAGUUAUCUCGCUGUCAUCUGCACUACCUGCAUUGUCUGCGUAUCUUCGUUUAUCUGUUUACACCCUGCUCCACAGCUCUAACAGUACCGGCCCUGUCAGGCAUUUAUUGCGAUGUCAAAUCAGAAAGUUCUUCCGUGUUGUCGUUAGAAUAGAAGGGAAGUGAAGAUUUUCCUCUGUUGGCCGAGAGCUCUGCUUUCUGUGGUUUCGUAAAGUGCAUCGUUGUGCUGUUUAUAAGGCUUCACCUCUCAUCAUGACACUGAGGAAGUGGUUUUCAUUCCUGCCAUCAAUAUGGUGAAUUGGCAGCUAUUCAAAUUGAGACACCUCUCUUGAAACAAGACCGUGCCUGUUUCCUGCUGAAGUGGACAAUAAUACUUCACUCAAAGCGGCUUGGGGAAGUGUCCACUGCUUGUGUCUAGAAUGGCUGACAGAGGGAUUUUGGAGGAUAAUGGAAGCGAAGUGUCACAUUCAACUGAACUUCCUGCAGAGAUUAAGGACUGGGAUAAAAACCAUGUGAGAGACUGGAUUCUCAGGUUAACAGAUGUGGAUGAUGAAUAUGCAAAGAUUUUGUAUAAUCAGAAGAUUAGUGGAUCUAGUCUUUUAUUACUGGAGAAGGCUGACCUUAUAGACUUGAACAUCGAGCUGGGUCCAGCAAAACUGAUCAUUCACAGGAGAGAUGAACUCAUUAAACUAAAAGCUCAACAGUCAGUCAGCCCUGGAAACCAGUCUAGUAAAUCAUGCAAGCCCUACCCUUUCAGUCAGUAUCAUGCUGCCUACAGAUAUCAGGAAAACAGCAUACUUGAUGUAACAGAAUCAGGUGCUCUGAACCUCAUAGAACCAUGUCAUGAGUACAAAGCAUUUAUCAACUUUGAAAAUGUGACAACAGAGGAAAAGCUGAAGAAGUUCACAGAAGAGGUUAUCAGAUUUGCUGCUGCCUGCAUGAACAGCCGAACUAAUGGCACUAUUCAUUUUGGAGUUGGAGACAGACCAGAAUUCACUCAUGGGCAAAUUCUGGGUACUAAAAUUGAAGACAAAGAAACAUUUGAUCAGAAACUAGCAGAUGUGAUCGAGGGUAGGUUUGAAUAUAAGCACAUUGAUGUGGUCAAAAAAUGUAUUAAACCCCCCAGGUUUGUUGAGGUUCUUGAAGCUGAUAUGACAGGCUCAGGAAAAUAUGUCAUAGAGGUGGACAUAGAGCCGUCUUCCUUGCUUUGUGAAGACAACUUCUUUCACAUUUAUAGUGUAGACACAAGAAAAUCUAAAAAACGAUUUAAAACCAGAGACCUUAAGACUGAUGAGAAGGACAGUGCAAAGUUAUUUUACAUUCGAGAUAACAGCAGCAGCAGGAACCUUCUUGCCCAAGCCUCGUCCACCAAGUCCUUGGAGGAGUACAACAAAUAUGUUGAUAAUAUAGUGCGCUUGUCCCAACUGAGGAAGGAAGCUGAGGAAAAGCACCUCACUGUGGUUAAAAACAGCGUGCAGGGUUCUAGGCUCUGUGAAAUGAUAACAGGAGGCUCGCGUUCUUUGGACAAAUCUCACUUUGAGCGAUAUGUAUUAGUCACCAACAAAUCUCAUCCAGUUCAGAAAGAAUACCUUGCUUUCCUUUUAGACAUGAACUUGACAGCUGUUUUGGACUUUGAUCCAGAAUCUGCUGAGACUGGCUUGAAUAAUCUAUUUGAUGAGAAAAGAAACGUUAAUGUUCAUUUGCCAGUGCAGUAUAAAAUCACAGAGCCAGUGGAGGAAAUUGCGAGUAAGCUAAAGCUGACCAGAACCACAAGCUGGGUUUUCUGUAACGGAGGAAUAAAGGAAGAAAAACCCUCUGACGUGAAUAAUUGGCUGUUAGAGAAAGGUUCCUCCAUUCGUGAUGUAGUGUCCUUUCUUUGCCGAAAAGACGUGUUACCUCAGAAGAAAUUCCUCAUCAUGUUUCUGCUGUUGAGUGACGUCACUGACAAACAUGAUCCGAUGCUUGAGACCUUCAGUAUGUUUUACCAGGAGCUGAAAGGUACAGAGCAAAUCUUAUGCAUUUGUGGAAAUGGAAGCUCGUACACUUACUGGAAGGAACUCAUUGAGGCACGGUAUGGUGUCAGCAUUUCUAGAAGAUGCAUCUAUGAGCUCAGUUUUGCUGAAAUUAAUGGCACGGUCCUCAGUCUGUGGUCAGAAAAUCGCAAAUCAAGCCGAUUCCUGCCUGGUGGUGGCGGUAAAGUUCUCUUACCAAAGAAGGUGGAGGACAGCCUGGAUAGACUGAGUAUUCUAUGUGUAAACCAGUGUGAAGGAGGAAAUGAGGACAAGAUGGAACAAGAGGAAAGAUUUUACAAGGGAGGCAAGGUGUCCUGGUGGAACUUCUACUUCUCAGAGCAGCCAGGAUCAAUGCCUUUUAUCAAACGAGACAAUUUUGACUACAUCAUUGAUACCAUUAUUCCAGACAUGUGCUCCCUCACACAAGCUUGUGUUCGCUUCAACAUACUCCAUAUUCCAGGUUGUGGAGGAACUACUCUAGCCAUGCAUGUCUUGUGGACCCUGAAAGAGAAAUUUCGAUGUGCCGUACUGAAGGGCAAAACAGCUGAUUACGACGAUGUGGCCCGGCAGGUAGUUACCUUGUUGACAUGUGAGACGACUGACCAGCAAACUCGGGUUCCUGUUUUACUUAUGCUUGAUGACUUUGAUGAAACUGAUGCUGUAAAUGAUCUCCAGCAACACAUUGAAAAAGAAUGUCUGAAGAAAAACGGUUCUUCCAGGUCUCCCCAAAUCGUCCUUCUGAAUUGCAUGAGGGCUGAAUCACAAGCGCAGACUGAAGCAACAGAUGACACGGUUUUCAUUGGUAACCAACUAUCUGGGAAGGAACAAAAAUUAUUUGAGAAAAAGCUAGAGGAAAUUGAAAAGAUCUACAAGAAUGCUGAAACAUUCUAUGGUUUCAUGAUCCUGAAGAAAGAUUUUUCGACAGAGUACAUACAGGGCAUUGUGAAAAAUACCCUGAAAGGCUUCAACUUCAAACAUAAACAUGCUCAGCUCAUCGCAGUCCUGGUGCUCUUGGAUUGCUACUGCAAGAAUGCAAAUUUAUCAGUCUCUGUGUGUGAAGAAUUUCUUGGUUUGGCAACAAGGCCAGAUUUUGAAUCAUGCAAAGCAGAAGAUGGAUUCAGGAAGUUUUCCACACUUUUGACACGGUGCACUGAAGAAUCCAGUGUAGUCUAUGAAGCUGUGCGAGUAAUCCACUCAAGCAUAGCAAAACGUUGUUUGGAAGAGCUUACAACCACUUUCAAUGUGUCCAAAGCACAGAUUACUGACUUCCUGCUUACAACAGACUUGUUUUACGAUUGCAUUCAGGGAAAGGAAAAACUAAUGCAAGAUGUUCACAGUACGCUGGUGAAGAGGAAUUACUCAGCUGAGAGUCUUUCAGCAGAAUGCCAGUUUUCACCACUUGUCCAAGCGAUUACAAAGGAGACGCCUGGCUUCGAGGAGAACGUUUUGCUCAAUGCGGCAAAGCGCUUCGAAAAGGAUGCAGUAAUAUCCCAGCUUCUUUCUAGGUACCAUUACCUGAGGAAGAAAGCCUUUAGAGAGGCAAAGGACUGGGCGAAGAAGGCAAGAGAUCUCCAAAGGGAUAACUCUUACAUUUGUGAUACAUCUGCACAAGUCAUUAAGCAUGAACUGAAAGAUGCUAUCAGCAAUGACAAAGAUGAUCCUAUAAAACCAGAAAAAAUGAAAGAGUAUCUCAAAAUGGCUGUCUCUGCAAUCGAGGCUUUCAGGGAAACCCAGGAAAUUGCCAGAAAAGAAGUCGUUGUUCGCUACAAAGGGAAAAAAGAUUUUAGCCCUUACAAUACUGCUGGUCGCCUUGGUGAGCUUCAAAUUGCCGUUAUAGUGACUGACAUACUGGAGAGGAUCCCAGUUUUUUCGUUAGAUGAGCUUCGACGCAACAUUCUCACUCAAGUUCUCUCAGGGAAGACGAAAAUAGUAGAUGUGGCAAAAAAUGAUCCCAAGAAACAAAAGCAUGCAUCAUAUUACCAUUUUUUGCAGGACUUUGCAGAGCUUCUUCACAACCUCAAAGACAACAUGAAGAAGCAGUUUGAUUUUCUUGACAAUUACUACGUCAACUUGGGCUCAUUUUAUUCCCAGAAAGAUAUUCGAGAGUUGAGAACACGACAGGAAGUCCUCAGGUGCUUUCGACAAUACGCUAAAGUGUUUUGCAAGUCAGAUUCAAAGGAACUGAUGAAAAACAGGAUGUUGAUGAGCAUGCUCAAGAUUGAAAAGGCCCAUCAGUAUCUGGAGAAGAACAAGGCUGAUUCUUACAGUGGACUGUUGGACUGUCUUUCUAAUGAAGCUUCUGCUGCAAACAUUGAACAAAUUGUCGAGCGGUAUAUUUUUUUAUUUGAGAACACCAGGCCACAAGAUGAUGGGCACUUCAAGGACACUGUCAACUUCAUCUAUGCAAGUAUUGUUCUCAGUCGGGUUAGGCCUGAAUCUAAGCUCCUCUGGGCCUACAUGAAGCUUCUUAAUUUACUUUGUGACACACUUAAACGCCCCACCCCCCUCAGUGAAAGCCUGCCGUUGCAUUUCAUUUCAGUUGUGAUGCUGUGGCCAGAGACCAUCGAUAUCUUUUCGGGUAGGAAUUUGAGUGACAAGCUGGAAAGUUACAUAUCACAGAUGAGAAAUUCUUUUUCCAAUGAGAUGAAACCAGUGUGCAUUGGCAAGAGAGCAGUUGUUCAUUUUUACUUGGGCAAGAAGACCGGUUACGAACGCCUGAUCACCCAAAAAGACAUUCACAAAUGUGUGGGAUCCGAGCAGAGCAUGACAACUCAGUUGCAAAAUGGAAAGAUAUGGAAGCAUGAGAAAGUCAGAAAUACCCUCCGCAAAGUCACUGGAAGAAUUUGUAAGAAUGCCAUUCUGGCAGACACACCAAAUGAAAAAUUGAAAGUUCAAGUUUAUCCAAUGUUCAGAAGUCAGUUGAGUGGAGAAUUGGGUGCCAAAGUGUCAUUUUUUGUUGGAUUCACCAUGAAUGGUCCAGUUGCUCUUGGCAUACAGCCAGAGUCAUAACGUUUCAAUUCACAAUUUCAGCCUUUUAACAGUUUACACAAUAUAUCAACAUAUCCAUUUCACUGAAUUUGUGGACCAAAGACUGAAACGGAAAGCCAUGGUUGUAUAACUACCAUUUUGUAGUAACAUUACAAAUUAUUUAAAACUUUUUUUGUACAUGCCUUUUGUUUAUGUAUCAUUUACUGGAAUACAUUUUUAGCAGCCGCAUAUCAUCUUGUUAAUAUUAUAAUUUUUUAAUCUGUACUUGUUUGCUUAGCAUUAAUUAGUUUGCCAUUCAAUAUUCCUUGAUAUGGAAAUUUUUAAUAUUGCAAUAAUGUUACAUACAAAAAAUAACAAGAACAAUUUUUUUACUUACUGUAUAUUUUGUACUUUUCUCUAAAUUUGUGAUUUUUUCCCAGCACUUUCUUUUCCAUCUGAGACUGUAAUGAUGAAACUCAUUU